UUAUAAGUUUAAAUUUCAAGAGAAGUUUAAUUAUUAUUAAUUAUAUAAAUAAAUGAAAGGAAUAGUUGUAUUAUUGAUAACAUUAAUGACAUUGAAAUCAUAAUUCAUAAAGACAUCAACAUUGAAUUUGGUAAUGGAAUAAAUAUUAUAUAAAAAAGUGUGAUGCUAACAUUUACCUCAGACCAGACAUCUAUUAUGUAUAAGGAUCUGCAUCAACAAUAAUAGAGCCUACUUAAGCUGUAGUGACAUUGGAAUUAGAAGUAAAGAAUUAGAAGGCAUAGAAUGCUCUUUAAGAGGCAGCCUAAAUAGCUGAGAAUGCAGUAAAGUAAUUAAUAGAUGAAAUGUUAUAGUGCUAUAAAAGAGAACUGCAAAGGGGAAUUAAAGAUUUAAACUGCUGAUUUCACAAUUUAACCACAUUAAGAGUACAGUCAAAGUUAACCUGCUUAUGUGACCUUCUCAGGUUUUAUUGUAAAUAAUAGGAUUACAGUAGAAACUAAAAAUAUUAAUGACGUUGGAAAGUAGGAUAUUAUUAAUAAUAUUAGAAUCAUUGAUGUAGCUGUGAAACAUAAGGUAAAUAAAGUGAAUGGGAUUUAAUUUGAUGUUAGUAAAGAAGAGAAGAAAAGAUUAAAGGAUGUAUUAGUCGAAUAAGCAAUAGAGGAUGCUAAACAUACAGUAAUGAAUUGAAAUAAUUAUGUUUAGGGUAGUAUAGUUUUGAAAGGAUUAAAUAUGAAAAUAGAAUCUGUAAAAUCAGUUCAAAUAAUUCAGAAUUAUGGAUAUGGAGUUGGUAGUGAAAUGAAUUAAUAAGUGAGUGUUGGAUUUGUGAUUAGUGCAUUAGAUUAAUGAUAUACAUAAUAAUAUAAAUAUUAAAUAUCAC